UAUAACUUCAAAAACAAAAAAACUCGAAUUACAUCUUUCUUUCUUCUUUUAUUAAAAAAUAAAUUAUUCUAUUGUGAAUUUCAUGAUUAUCUUGUAAAAUACAUGAUUUUGGAACACUAGACAUCGGGGAACUGCCGAAAAUAAAACACACCACAACCAAAUCGAAUUUUGUCUGGAUGAUAAUUUUUGAUUUGUCAACAAAGGAAGUUAAACAACUCGAGACCGGCUGUUUUUUAACUCGUAAAUUUCUUUAAAAAGUACUACACAAGGUCAUUUAAAAUCAAUACACGGUAAAAUGGCACAAUGUGAAGAAUUAAAAGAUGAUGAUCGUCCAUCGAAUACUCUGGAAUUAUUUGUCGAACUCGAAGAAGUUAUUAAAAUGAUUGACACCAUUAAGGUGUGUCAUGCACCGACAUUUGAAAAAGAAUAUGAGCAAUUUACUGAAAUUCUUUCAAGGUAUCAAGAGCAACCCCAUCUGCUUGAUCCACAUCUUGAAAUUUUGCUAACAAAGCUUCUGGGCAAAAUUCGUGAUCCUAACAGUGAAAGCGACCUUGUCCAUGCAUGCUUCAAAUACUUAUAUAUUCUAUGCAAAGUAAGAACUUAUAAAGCUUUGAUAAAGUUCCUUCCCCAUGAAUUGAGCGAUCUAGAAUUCGCUCUAGAUUUAUUGGAAAAGCAAGAUCCCAAAGUCUUUGAAAACUGGGAAACUCGCUAUAUGCUUCUCUUGUGGAUGUCCAUAUUGGUGUUGAAUCCAUUCCAUAUGUCUCGUUUGGAUGCUUAUGCAACUGGAGGAGCUGUUGUCAAUUGCACAACACACACUUCUGCUCCCAAAACUAAAAUGGAACGAAUUUUUGAUAUUUGCAAGACUUAUUCUGAGCACAAUGAUACAUGUGCAGGAAUAACUGCAUUUCUAUCGGCCAAAUAUUUCAUUCGUUCGGAUAUUAAGGAUACAUACUUGGAGAAGUAUUUCGAUUGGGUAAUCGAAAAUAACAACGCUGAGACACAAGAUGUUAAAUUUGGUCAAUUGGCGGCUGUAGCUGCUAUACUUAAGCAUGGAAAACGGGAAGACUUAUUGCCUUAUGCUCAGAGAUUGCAGGUGUGGAUAUUGGGAUGUAAUUACAAAGAUGGAUCAGACUUUUUGAAAUACAAAUAUUACAUAAAGAUAAUUCAGCGAAUUGGAUUGGUAUAUUUGAAGCCUAGGAUAGCUGCUUGGAGAUAUAAGAGAGGUGUUCGAUCAUUGGCUGUUAAUCUUGCUGACACAUCUGAUGCUGCUAAACCAACCAAUUUGGAAGAUAUUGACAGUGACAUGGAAGAUGGAGAAGAAAUUGUUGUUCCAGAUUUCGUCGAAGAUGUAAUUGAAGAACUACUUCAAGGUCUCCGUAGUCCAGGCAGUGACAUUCGCUGGAGUGCAGCCAAAGGUAUUGGUCGUGUUACCAAUCGACUUUCACGCACCCUUGCCGACGAAGUCAUCGGUUCCGUGGUGGACAUUUUAAAUCCUCUCGAACCACAUGAAGCUUGGCAUGGUGCAUGUUUAGCUCUUGCCGAAUUGGCUAAGCGUGGCCUCUUACUUCCUUAUCGCCUCAAAGAACUCGUUCCACUUUUGUUACAAGCAUUAUUCUAUGAUGAAAUGAAAGGUUAUAUGUCAGUGGGUCAACAUAUUCGUGACGCUGCAUGCUAUAUGUGUUGGGCUUUUGCCCGAGCCUACAAUCCCAGCGAUUUGCAACCUUUUGUUCAUCAAAUAUCUGCCGGUCUGCUAACAGUUGCUUCAUUCGAUCGAGAAAUCAAUUGCAGACGAGCUGCAUCGGCAGCAUUCCAAGAAAGUGUCGGUCGAUUAGGAAAUUUCCCAUAUGGCAUUGAAAUUUCAACAACUACAGACUUCUAUACUGUGGGUUUGAAGCAGAAUUCAUUUCUAGUCGUAAGUGAUUAUAUUGCACAGUAUGAGGAGUAUCAGGUGCCACUUAUUGAUCAUUUGGUCGAAAAGAAAGUUAACCAUUGGGAUACGUCGAUUAGAGAAUUGACAUCGAAGGCACUUCAUAAGCUUACUCUGAAGGCACCACAAUACAUGUCGAGUGAUGUUCUUCCACGAUUAUUCCAGAAGACAAACUCAAUUGACAUCAAUAUGAGACAUGGAUCAGUAUUGGCUAUUGGUGAAAUUAUUUCUGCCUUGAAAUUGGUGGAAAAUGAAUCGGAACAGCAAACUCUUCUCACAAAUCAGAUUGUAAGUGAACUGAACGAAUUGAUUGGCAAAUUCUUAACACGAGAUCAAUUUAGAGGAAUGAGUGGGGAAAUAAUGAAAGAUUGCUGCGUGGAAUUCAUAAGGAAUUGCAGCGUUGCCAAAAUUGCAGCCAAUUCCAAAUGUUUAGAAUCUUGGCAGGAAAUAAUCGACAAGUGCUUGAUCGGUCAAACACGUGAUGCUGCAACAGCAGCCCUCACUGAAUUAUGCAAAGCAUACUACAACACACCUGAAAGAAGCGAUCAAAAUGAUGUCAUAGUUGCUUCUUAUCUCAAAGGUGCAGAAAAUGAUCUAGAAGAGAAAAUACGAAUGGGUUACCUUUGUGCUCUUGGGGCAUUACCAGAUUUCAUGGUCCUACCUCAGUUGGAUAAAAUAGUUGAUUGUCUUGUAAAGUACUGUCAAGUACCACGUUCGAAUCCCCCAGACAUGUCUGCAGAUGCAUCAGGAAAACAACCAGAAAAUGUGAUUACUUUCAAAUGGAGUGAAGCUCGUCGGGAAAGUGUUCGGUCACUUUCAAAUAUUGUGCAGACCGUUGGGUUUGCAAGUGAUUCCGAUGGAUCGAUUGCGAAUCCAAAGUAUUUGGAAAAAAUAUUCCAUUGUUAUAUGAAAGCUUUGGAAGAGUAUUCAGUGGAUAAUCGAGGAGAUAUUGGAGCUUGGGUACGAGAAGCAGCUAUGAAUGCCUUAUACCAAUUGCUUACGACAUGUCCAAAAAGUAUUUUGAGCCCCGAUCAUGUACAACGGGUUCUUCUAGGUUUAGUUCAACAGGCAGUUGAGAAAAUUGAUCGCACAAGAGGACUGGCAGGACGCCUAUUCUGCAGCCUUAUAAAUGCUGACCCACUCAUUCCACACAUAAGUCAGCAUGAUAGACUGAAAGAGAUUUUCCCCGAAAACACUGAAGCAGUGCUUUGGUUAUUUGCCGAUCAUACAUUCCCAAUGUUUUGUUCUCUGUUAGAAUUGCCAGAAUAUUCACAGAAAGUUCUUUUAGGUUUAAGUGCAAGUAUCGGACAACUCACAGAAUCAUUGAUAAAAUACUCAUCUGCAGCAUUGUUUAAAUUCUUGCGUUCUCAUCCCACUGAAAUUCCUCGUCUUUGUAAUGAGAUUGUCAAGAAUUUUGAAGAAAAUUUCAUGGUCGAGCGAGUUACUCCACCUAUGUUGAAUUUCCUUGACAUUCUUAUUGGAUCAGGUACAAUAAAUGCUGUUUUAAUGGAUGAAGAAUCUCACUUUGCUGACGAAAUCUUUCGUCUUGUUAACGAAGAAAUCAAAGGACACAAAAAACUCUAUAAACUGAUAUCGAGUAUUAAUGUUUUUUGUCAAUUGAUUCAAGUGCCACGUCUUUGUAAGAAAAUUCUUGCCAAAAUGGCAGUAUUUUUAGGACUAACUCAUGUACACGUUCGCAAGACAACAGCUACAAAAUUAUAUGAAGCUUUAGCACUUCAUGGUGAUUCUUGUGACAUUCCUGAAGAAAAUAUGGAUGAGAUAUUGAAUUUACUAUCGGAAACUGAUUGGGGAUUGCCUUUGUUGGAAAUUCGACCAGUUCGUAAUGAAUUGUGUAAUCUAAUGGGUGUUAAGCCACCAGUAAGUGGUGUUGCAAAAAGUACUGCAGCACAUUAGUUCGGUUUUUAUUUUGUUUUAUUUAAAAUUGGCAUCUCCUCUGGAGUGAGUAUUUAAGUGCUUUAUUAAAUUUCAACUGGCUUAGCUGCACGUUUCUUUAAGUUAAAAUAUAUAUAUUCCAAACGCAUAAUCAAAAUAAAAUACAAAAACUUUGGAUAACCAAGUCAUGACACUAAAAAACUUGAAAGCAU